UAUGGUCACCAGCUUCCCUAUAAAUACAUCCAAUACUCAAUCCCAAUAAUAUUAUUCAACACAAGUUCUCAUUUCAAAAUUAUUUGCAUACUCAUCGAUCCUUGAAAAGUUGAUUAAUUUUAUAAUACACAUAAUGGUGUUGAACAAAAUCAUGGACACACUGAUGAACAACGGUCAUGGUGGGAAGAAAUUCAUAGGGACGGUGGUGUUGACGAAGAACAACGUUAUAGACCACUCCGCACUUGACCGUACUGUCUCUCAUUUCUCACCCAAAGAAGUUUCUCUUCAGCUCCUUUCUGCUGUCCAUGCCGACCCUGCAGCAAAUGGAUUAAAAGGGAAAGUAGGAAAAGAAGCUUGCUUGGAGAAUGAGGUUACCUCAUCUUUACCUUCAUUAGCACCAGGCGACAAUGCUUUCAAUGUUACUUUGGAUUUGGACGUGUCAGUUGGAGUUCCAGGAGCUUUGAUCGUCACAAAUAAUCACGCUACCGAAAAAUUCUUUCUUAAGACCUUUACACUCAAAGAUGUUCCCGAUGAAGGUGAUAUCCACUUUGUAUGUAACUCUUGGAUCUACCCAGCAACCAAAUAUGACUACGAUCGUGUUUUCUUCAGAAACAAGUCAUAUCUUCCAAGUGAAACACCCGAACCACUGCGUGAGUUGAGAGAACAAGAGUUAGUGAACUUGAGAGGAAAUGGAAAAGGAGAGCGCCAAGAGUGGGAUAGAGUUUAUGACUAUGCUUACUACAAUGAUCUGGGUAAUCCUGAUAAGGGUCAAGAUUAUGUUCGUCAAAUCCUUGGAGGAUCUAGUGACUUCCCUUACCCUCGAAGAGGAAGAACCGGAAGGCCACCCACUGAGACAGAUGCUAACAUUGAGAGCAGCAUGAGUCUUAUCACAAGUUUAAAUGUUUAUGUUCCACGAGAUGAACGGUUUGGUCAUGUUAAGAUGGCUGACUUUCUUGGUUAUGGACUAAAGUCUUUAGCUCAAGGCAUUUUUCCUGCUUUGGAAUCUUAUUUUGGUGAGACCCCUGGUGAGUUUAGUAGCUUUGAAGAGGUAUAUGACCUGUAUAAAGGAGGACUUAAGCUACCAACAACAGUAGUUGACAAUAUUGAGAAAAAUGUUCCAGCUGAGUUGCUUCAGGAAAUGUUUAAAAUUGACAGGGGACAGUUCCUUAAAUAUCCUCCACCUCAUGUGAUUAAAGAGAAUAAAUCUGGGUGGAGGACUGAUGAAGAGUUUGGAAGAGAAAUGGUGGCUGGAGUUAACCCUGUUGUCAUUCGUCGCCUUGAGGAAUUCCCACCAAAAAGUACGCUAGACCCUAAAGUGUACGGUGACCAAACUAGUAAAAUUAUUGAAGACCAUAUUCAAAGUAAUUUGGAUGGACUUGGUGUAUUCGAGGCACUCAAUAACAACAAGUUAUUUAUAUUGGAUCACCAUGAUUCAUUCAUGCCAUACUUGAGGAGGAUUAACUCAACUUUGACAAAGACUUAUGCUAGUAGGACACUCCUGUUUCUCAAAGAUGAUGGCACUUUGAAGCCGUUGGCUAUUGAAUUAAGCUUACCACAUCCAAAUGGUGACCAAUAUGGUGCAGUUAGCAAAGUAUACACCCCAUCUAAAGAAGGUGUUGAAAGUGCCAUUUGGGAACUUGCUAAAGCUUAUGUAGCUGUAAAUGACUCAGGCUAUCAUCAACUCAUUAGUCACUGGUUGAAUACUCAUGCCGUGAUUGAGCCAUUUGUGAUAGCAACAAACAGACAACUAAGUGCACUCCACCCAAUUCAUAAACUCUUGCAACCUCAUUUUCGGGACACUAUGAAUAUAAAUGCACUUGCAAGACAAACUCUUAUUAAUGCUGGAGGAAUUUUGGAAAUAACAGUUUUUCCAGGAAAAUAUGCUAUGGAAAUGUCAGCAGUAGUCUAUAAGAAUUGGAUUUUUCCUGAACAAGCACUCCCUGCAGAACUUCUUAAGAGAGGAGUGGCAGUUGAGGAUCCAAAUUCUCCACAUGGGCUUCGCCUACUGAUAGAAGACUACCCAUAUGCUGUCGAUGGAUUAGAGAUCUGGUCUGCAAUUAAAUCAUGGGUUGAAGAGUACUGUUCUUACUUUUACAAGACUGAUGACAUUGUCCAGAAAGAUUGUGAACUUCAGGCAUGGUGGAAGGAACUUAGAGAGGUCGGUCAUGGUGACAAGAAAGACGAGCUCUGGUGGAAUAAAAUGCAAACUCGUGAAGAGUUAAUAGAUUCAUGCACCAUAAUGAUAUGGAUUGCUUCUGCCCUUCAUGCGGCAGUCAACUUUGGACAGUACCCUUAUGCAGGGUUCCUUCCAAAUCGCCCUACAUUAAGUCGUCGCUUCAUGCCUGAGAAGGGAACUCCUGAAUAUGAGGAGCUUCAGUCUGAUCCUGAAAAGGGUUUCUUGAAGACUAUUACUCCGUUGUUGCAGACCCUGAUUGGAGUUUCCCUGAUUGAGGUCUUGUCAAGGCAUACUUCUGAUGAAGUUUAUCUUGGACAAAGAGACACACCUGAGUGGACGUCAGAAGGUCAUUCCUUGCAAGCUUUUGAAAGGUUUGGAAAGAAACUCAUUCAAAUUGAGGACAACAUUAUGAGGAGGAACAAUGAUGUGAAUUUGAAGAACCGAGUUGGGCCUAUUAAGUUUCCGUACACUUUGCUCCAUCCUACUAGUGAAAAAGGAGUUACUGCCAUGGGAAUUCCGAAUAGCGUUUCAAUCUAGGUCAUGCAUCCUUGCAUGGGUAUGGUUGUUAACUAGUAUUUUUAUCUUUCAUUUUCAUUUCACUUGCUGAAAUUAUGUUUUUGAGUUUCCUGGUCAGGGUGAGUUUGUAUGUUUAAGAGUUCUCUAAAUAUGAAAGCCCUAAAAAAACUUUUGUAUUACUAGCUUAUCUAUAUUGAGCAUGGUGCUCAAUAUGACGUAUGAACCCCAAAUGAAUAAAGUAUUUGAAGUUUCAUAUUA